AUGCCUUUAUAUACUCAGGGACUAAUUACAAUAUUAAGCCGACUUAAACCAGUCAUAGACCAUAAGGUAAACUACCUAAUUGAACCAGACCAAAACCGCCUUUCAAUCUUGAGCUUAAUUGACACUCCUUGCCUUGGUUUAAGCUUAACCGGAUUGAUUAUCAUCACCAAAGUACAACACUCUAUUUGCGCCUCAGGCACCAAAGGCGCACGAGGCUCUGCGCCUAGGCUCAAGGCACAAGGCUCGGACCUUAGCUCUUCGGUGCGCCUCGCGCCAUUUAAAACACAGGUAGAGUCUCAAAACGAUGGUGAGUUUGGUGAUUUAAGCGCUAAGAUCAAGAUGCAAACUACUGAUCAACAAAGGAAUGUUUUGAGGAUGCUUGAGAAGUCUUUAGCCAAGGAGAUGGAGCUGGAGAAGAAGCUUAGCGAGUCAAGAAACGCUGAAUACCAACUAGAGAUCAAACUAUAUUCCGCCGAGCAGGAGGUUCUCUACAUGGAAGAAGUAAUCGAAGACGCUUAUUCAAAGUGGCUUGAGGCAGAGAAUGCUUCUGAAGUUUUUAAAGGGGUGUUAAAGGAGAUGUCUGGAAAGCUUCAGAUUCUUAAGUUCAAUCUAAGCGGCUCUUUUAAGAGGGGAGAUAAUUUGAACGGACGUUUAGAAGCUAAGGAAUCUGCUUUGCACAAGCUUGAUAGCAAGGGAUUAAAAGAGAGUUUGAAAGAAGUCGAGGAGAGAUUGAUUCUGUUGGACACUAAGAACUCUACAUUAAGUGAUAAAGUUAGCUCCCUUGAGGAACAGCUUAAUGAUAACGAUGAUUUGAAAGAUAAGUUAGUGGACACUGAAGCAAGAGCUGAUGAAGCAGAAUCCAAAUGCUUAAAGCUAGAAGAAAGCCUAAAGGAAGUUCAAGAUGAGUUGGAGUGUUUCAGAGGAAAAGGAUUCACUCCAGAGAAGUUAGAAUCUCUUGAAAAACGUUUGAGAGACUAUGAUCAUCAGCUAGAACUUGCGGUUGCAGCCGUUGAAGCAAGAAAAGAGAAGCAGAAUUUGUUAUACUCUACUGUCUCUGGCAUGGAGGAUAACAGAGCUAACUAUACAGAAGAGAAGUUAAAUAGUGUGUCUGAGUCUAACGCAGAUCUCAAUGAAGAGCUGAAGUUCUGUAGAGGUAGAUUGAAAAAAGCGGUGAGGUAUUUAGAGAAAGCAGAGGAGAGAAAGUCGCAGACGGCUAAAGAUAUCGCACAUCAUAAUAAGAUCAUGAAGAAACUGGUCAUGCAACUUGCUUCUGAACGAGAACGGCUUCAUAAACAUGUGUUGAGACAUUACCUCAGUAGCUUCAUCAUCAUCAGAGUACAUGAUUAG